UUUUUUUAGGUUGGGUCCAAUGAAGGGAAAUCUGAAUUUGACAGAAUAGUGAUAUUUAUGACAAAAGGUGUUCAACAUGACAAUGCCCUAUAGGUGCAAGAUGUACUCGGAUCCUUAACUCAAUAAAUGGAUCUAAAAAUCCUACUUAAGUAACGGAGUAUUAUCAAAAAGUUCAUAUCAAAAGUAUUUCUUAUGCAAAAAGGGCUGAUGAAUGAUUCGGUAAUACUGAUGCACUUGUGUCGGUAGCUUUUUCUUUCAGUGGUACCAAACCUACGUGUCAGGUCUCAACAGAACUUUAAAUCUGAAGGGUGCCGAGAUGAUUGGAGACGAGAAGGAAACUUAAGUUCUUCUCCACCUCUGUACAUUUUAAAGACUGUUAAAGUUUGGAUAAUUUGAACGAUUAUAAACUAAACCAUCUGAGAAGUUUAACGGAGAUUUCUGCUAACAACUCUUGGAUAUCUGAAACAUGACGAGACUUAACGUUCAGUCUCUGGGCUUGGGAAGAUAUCAAGUUGAGUUAUAAAGAAGUGUGAAUGAGGACGAGUCAAAUUAUCAGUGGAAAAAUUCAAACUGCAAAACAAGCUGCUCCUCAAGGAUCUGUAGCAGGUAGAGCCAGAAAAACAUGCAACAAAAGCCACUGUUGGUUAUCAAACUUGCGUAAUAAUACAGCUGAAAGCUCCUCUGUGCAUCCAAAUCACCAUUCUUGACUCGUCAUAGCCGGAUCACUCAGCCGAGGGACUAACAGGAGGUGUGUUUGACGUCGGUCCAGACUGUGGAACAGUUUUUGUUUUGUUUUUUUAUGGAAGGAGUCCGGCUCCAUGCGUUCAUUAUCCCAGUUUAACUGCAGCAGGGAUUAAUCGCCACCUGCGAGACUGCUUGAGUCAUCAGUGGCACAAAAAACGACAAACGCACACUUGGAUUAAGGCAGAGAUGUCUUAUGUGGCUCUAAGGUUCCCAUAAUGCAUUUUGUCUCUUUUGUGCGCCACGCGGUCUAUUAACCUGCAUUCAACCACAGCCUGCUCGAACGUGGUUAGUUAAUACAACUUGGAUUAUGAACGGAAGCAGAUUCUUUUCCCGUGUCCUGCAGAUUUUGCAUGACCGAAUGCAGUUUAGAGAUUUAAAUUUACAUGACUUGUAACACACAAAUAAAAAUGUAGGCCGAAUUUGUGUUUCGAGAAAUUAAAACUCUCCUGGAAGAGAACCAGAGUGCUUUUAGUCUCAUUUAGAACAUGGGUCAGUGAUGCACUUGAGCCUCUUGUGGCCCAAAUGAGUAUUGCAACAACAAAACCAUUUUACCUGUUUUCAGAUGAAAUGAAGAGUAACGGAAAGAUUAUUCUGGCAAAACCUUUACCUGUUCAGUCAUGAACGGGAGAGAAAACGCGUUCUAAUUUUCCUUUCAGGGCUUCCGUACAAAAAAACCCUAAAUCAUUUAUAAACUGAGCUGUAACAAAUAUCUCCAUGUUUCAAUGAUUUGAAGUGUUGCAACAGCUGUAACCAGUGAGAAGAUGACGAGGAGCCAGCUGCACCAGCUGUUUUCACAAAGUGGAGAUUUAAUUAAAAUGGGUCGCAUCACACGAGCUACUUAACUACGGUUUAAUAACAACCACUGCACAUGAGGUACUUUACAUUUUGCCGGUAAUAUUAACCAGAAUUAACAGCUUUCAGAAUACUUUAUCUAUUAAAAAGUCCUGUAAAAAUGAACGAAUUUCUUUUAUUGUCUAACUGGAAUAUGUCAAAUGUAUAGUACAUUUUGUUAGCAAAUUGUUAGCAUCCUUAGUGCUUGGCUCAAAGCACCAUUCUCACGCAGCGUCACUAGUAUUAUGUAGUAAACUCUUGUUUGUUGUCACUUCUCUGCAAUACAUUGUAUUUGACUUCCACUACACCGCCAAGCCCCGCGAUAACAGAUUUGUAAAGUUAUGAGAUGUUGGAGUAAGUGGGAGGAGAGCGGGAGAUCAAGAGAUGGAUAUAAGAAGAUAAGCUCCCACAUCAUCUGUCAGCUGCAUUAGAGGACAAGUCAUUUCCUACCUUAUUACUGUGUACGCGCGUGUGUGUUGACAUGAUUUCUCUCCGAAUUAGUGUGAACAUGUUUCCCAUCCUUGCAUGCAUGUUUACUCGUUUAUUUGCUACUGUGGAUGUGUGUGUGAUGAUGGUUUUGUGCCCCUGUGCAAGGUACCAGCUGUGUACGUAUGCGAUGGUGUUGAGAGUUGCAGGCAUGUCUCUCCCAGCAGUUGGAUUUUAGUUUCAGGAGGAAACCAUGUUGACCCACCUCAGAACCCGAAGCAGGAGUUUGUUCUCCGGCUACAAGCACGGCAGCCGGACUCAAUCUGUGAAAGAAGCGGACGACUAUCUGGACUUCACCAACACCUUUGUUAAGCCAUGGAACUCCAUGCAGGAUCUGGGCAGAGACAUCUAUGAUCUUUAUGCCGAAUAUGAACACGAGGAGGAGGAGGAGGAGGAGGAGGAUCGACUCCCGGUGUCUCCCACCUACCUGCUGCUCUCUCCGAAAAAACACGUCACUCUCAACAUCAACGUUGGAGGAACGGUGUACUACUUGCCCUACAGGUUAGCGGCCAGGUAUCCGAAGACACGGAUCGGCCAGUUGGCCACGUACACAGACCACAGCAGGAAGUUGGACCUGUGUGACGACUACAUCGUCCAGAGCAAAGAGUUCUUCUUCGACCGGGACCCUAAAAUCUUCCACAACAUCUUCAACUUCUACAGAACCGGAGUGUUGUGCAUUAAAGACGAGCUGUGUCCCCGCAACUUCCUGGAGGAGAUAAACUACUGGGGCGUCAGAAUCAGAAACAGCCAACGCUGCUGCCGUGUCUCCUUUGAAGAGAGGCAGGACGAGCUGAACGAGGAACUGAAGAUACAGAGACAGCUGAUAGCAGAGCUGGAGAUGGAGGAAAACGAGGAGCUAUUUGACGGCUUGGCCUUCGGGCCGACCCGGAGGAGUAUCUGGAACAUGAUGGAGAAGCCGUUCUCCUCGGUCACCGCCAAGCUGAUGGCCGUCGCCUCCUCCAUGUUCGUGCUGGUGUCGCUGGUCACCAUGACGCUCAACACCGUGGAGGAGAUGCAGUACAAGACUGCGUCGGGCCAGCUCAGCGGCAGGUUCUAUGGCGAGUACGUGGAGUCGUUCUGCAUCAGCUUCUUCACCCUGGAGUACCUGCUGCGCCUGGUAUCCACCCCCGACCUCAAGUGUUUCGUACGCAGCGUGCUGAACACCGUCGACAUGGUCGCCAUCCUGCCACACUACCUGCAGAUGCUCCUGGAGUGCUUCGAGGACGAGGACAUGCACCUGCACUCGGGGGACAUUGAGGCUAUGUCGUGUGUUGGAAAGGUUCUGAGGAUCAUGCGUCUGAUGCGGAUCUUCAGGAUCUUGAAGCUGGCCCGUCACUCCACAGGCCUCAGAGCCUUCGGCUUCACCCUGAGACAGUGCUACCAGCAGGUGGGCUGUUUGCUGCUCUUCAUCGGCAUGGGCAUCUUCAUCUUUUCCGCCAUGGUGUACACCGUGGAGCACGACGUCUACAACACCAACUUCACCUCCAUGCCGAAUGCGUGGUGGUGGGCCGCCGUGAGUAUUUCCACAGUGGGCUACGGCGACAUGACCCCCGAGACCAACCUGGGCCGCAUCUUCGCCUUCGCCUGCAUCUCCUUCGGCGUCAUCCUCAACGGCAUGCCCAUCUCCAUCCUCUACAACAAGUUCUCCGACUACUACACCAAGCUCAAGUCCCACGAGUACGCCGCUGUCACCAAGGCCCGCGGCAAGGUGCACUUCAAAAGGAGGGCGGCUAAGAGGUUGGCCGAGUGCUACGAGGAUGCCGCUCAGCCGAGGACGUCCCGCCCGCCUGCAGUGAGCCAGGUUGUAGAUUCUCAAAGUCUGUGAUGAGAUUUGUCUGGAAGGCAGAAGCGAAAAUGACCUGUGACAGUCUGUAGAGGCCAUUUUAACAUGCAGACGCCUGUGGCGGCAGGAGUCAUGGAGGUUUGAACCAAUAACCUGCUGAGAAAUCUCCCACUGUCUGGAUUUCAGUUAAGACGAUUUAAAAUGUCACCCCAUCGGUGGCGGUGUGGAGUAGAUUGAAAAAGAAAAUGUCUUCCCUUUCUUACUUUACUUGCCAAAAUGCUACAUACUAAUCCUUACAUUCUUUUUAAUCUACAUCCAUGCUGAAGCUGUCGGUUGCUCCAUCAUCUCCGACCUCUACUCUUCCUCCGUCCAUUAGUCUCCAAAGCUCACAUGUAAUCCAGGAUUGAAGAGCCAACGCCAAUUGGACUGAAAUCACAAAUUGAAGACCCGACAUCUGGACGAUGGAUAUAAGACCUGUUUAUUUUCCCCAUAUGUCUCUCUCCCUCCAUAAUAAUAAACCUGUCGUCUCUAUCGUGUCAUUAAGCUGUGCAGCUCCCUCCCUCUGUGUAUAAACGUAGCCACUGAGUCAUCGCUUCUGACUAGUGCAGGAAAUGUUUAACACUACUUCCUCAAGCAGAACUGAUAAUACUAAGACAUCAGUGGUUUUUAGCGGUUGCUCUGCUGUAAUAAACAGUAUGCUGUUACUUCCUUGUUAAAAGCUAACUGAAGCUACAUUAUGGAUCAUGAGGUGAUCGACAUGUAGUUAUUUGCAAAGAGUUACAUUAGUACUUGGGAUGCCAGCAAGUGAUUAGCCUAGCUUAGCAUUAAGACUGGAAGCAGGGGGAAACUGCUAGCCAGGCUCUCUCCAAUGGUAGAAAAAGAAGUACAAAAUGUUUAAGUCCAGUUUGAGUCAACUGGAAUGGCAGAGCAAAUGAGAGUAUGCUGACAAUUACUUCAUGGAGUUUAUGUUCAAAUUUUAGUUACGACAUAAAAAUGAUUUAUACUUUGAAUAAUCUUUAAUUUGCUGACACAAUCACUGACUGUGGCAUUGUGUUAAAGGGCCAGUUUACACAAAUUACCACAAGGAAAACUUUAGGUUGUCUUUAGCCAUAGCGAUGGUUUUAUUUGUCCAAGCUUUUAAUGUGAAAAAAAUAUUAAGUUUCAUUGAAAGCAGCUUGACAGACUGAAUUACAUGCGUUUUGUUGCUGCUGGCACACAAGAGGCAGCUGCGUAUCCUAACCUGU